UGAAGUUACGUGGACGCCGGCGUCUCGGUCGCGGCUGCGGCCCCGUCAGUUUUGAAAUAGCACUCGCGCCGCACCAACGUUCGUGCAGUGUUUCCAGUUAAACAGAUCAACAUGUCUAACAUUAUGGAUGUGGCCACGGAGGACAACCUCCAGUACCACUUCUACCCGGUGUCCAGUGGCUCCGUGCAGUUCAAAGUGCGCGCGCCCAACGAUGCUCACAUCGCGCUCACCACCAACCCACAGGAGUCAGACCCUAUGUAUGAGGUCUUUAUCGGAGGAUGGGGCAACACAAAGAGCGUAAUCAGAAGAAACAGGACCAAACCCGAAAAAGCUGAAGCCGACACACCCGGAAUCUUAAACGCUGGUGAAUUCCGCGGCUUCUGGAUCCGCUGGGACGGCGGCAUCAUCUCCGCCGGGCGCGAGGGCGAGGCCAUCCCCUUCCUGUCGUGGCAGGACCCCGAGCCCUUCGCCGUGGGCUUCGUCGGCGUCUGCACCGGCUGGGGUGCCACUGGCACCUGGAAGAUCGAAGAAUCACCAGAAUUCGAUACUCCGGACCAGUUAGAAUAUAAAUUUGGCCCGGUGGCUUGCGGAAGCUUGGAGUUUGAUUACCGCGGGCCCCACAACGCACACAUUUGUCUGACCAGCGCACCGAUGGAGGCCGACCCCAUGUACGAAAUCAUGCUCGGCGGUUGGGAGAACACGAAGUCUGUCAUUAGGUACUGCAGGCAGCAGCCAGACAAGGUGACCGUACCGACGCCGGGGUUGAUGAAUCCUAACGAGUUUAAGAAGUUCUUGAUCGAGUGGCGAUGCGGGCGCCUCAUCGUGCGGGACGGGCUGACGGGUGGAGUGCUGCUGGAGUGGCAGGACCCCUCGCCCUUCCCCGUCGCGCACUUCGGCGUGCGGACGGGCUGGGGCGCGCGCGGCCAGUGGCGCAUCAGGCACUUCGCCGCUCCCGGCGGGCAACUGCCUCCAUCGGCGCCUCAAGCGGCAGCUCUGUACGCGUCGCCGCCCGGCUACCCCGGCGGCGCGGGCUUCCCCGCGGCGAGCCCGGGGGGCGCGCAGUGGGUGAACGCGGCGGGCGGGCAGGUGCCGCCGGGCGCCGUGGUGGGCGGCCAGGACGUGUCCGGCGAGCCCAUGUACGUGGCGCGCGCGCAGCACGAGGGCGCCCAGCUGCCCGGCAAGCUGGUGUCCAGCCACGGCCGCGCGUACGUGCCGUGGGGAGGACUCGAGAACGGGAAGGACGAGUACCAGGUGCUGGUAGGCGGCCCCAACAACUGGGUGCCUUCCAGCGGCUCCGCCAUUCCGCCCGGCGCGUUCCAAGCCGGCCAGUCCGAGGACGGAGAGCCCCUGUACGUGGGCCGCGUGCGCCACGAGGGCAGCCUCACCAUUGGCAAGGUCCAGCAGUCGCACGGCACCUGCUACAUCGCUUUCGCCGGCCAGGAGCUCGGCUUCCCCGACUACGAGAUCCUUGUGGCUUAAGUGUUAAGGUCGAAAAUAAGUUGAAAGUGUUGCCAGCUUUAUACACUAUUCCACUCACACUGAAGCGUCCCAUGAAAGUACAUUCAAAUUUCGACUUUUUGAUUGUACACUUAGAUCGGAAUUCAAAAUUUGUGGCCCCACAGAAUGCUUAAUUAGAAUCCACGCUGGCGUGUUCUUGGUGCUUGUGAGUCAAUGAGUUGUAGGCAGUUAUCCACGCUAUGACUAUGUUUAUUGCACUGCAUAAUAUUCUAGUUAUUAUUGUAAUCAUGUUUUUACAUGUUUAAAAUUAUAUUUUUAUUAAAUUAUUUUAAAUUUA